CCUCUGCUGAUGCUGCUCUCACGAGCUUUUCAAAACAGGAUGCGUGAGGACAUGUCCACCAUGGUGUGUGUGAAGGAGGAGGAGGAUCCUGGGGAGAAGCUGUCCCAGGAUGAGAUCAUUUCCCGAACCAAGCAGGUGAUUCAAGGAUUGGAGGCCCUGAAGCAAGAGCACCACUCCAUCCUGGAGGGCCUUCUGGGCACGUUGCGCUGCCUGAAGCAGGAUGAGGAGGGCGUUCUCGUGGAGGAAAAAUCGCACAUGAUCCGCAAGUCCCUGGAGAUGCUGGAACUUGGGCUCAGCGAGGCUCAAGUGAUGAUGGCGCUUUCAAACCACCUGAGCUCAGUUGAGUCUGAGAAGCAGAAGCUGAGGGUACAGGUACGCCGACUCUGCCAGGAGAACCAGUGGCUAAGGGACGAGCUGGCCGGGACACAGCAGAAACUGCAGAAGAGCGAGCAGAGCGUGGCUCAGCUGGAGGAGGAAAAGAAGCACCUGGAGUUUAUGAACCAGCUGAAGAAGUACGACGAGGACUUGUCCCCCUCUGAAGAAAAGGAUUCAGACUCUACCAAAGAGACUUUGGAUGAUCUCUUCCCAGAUGAUCAGGAUGAUCAAGCCCCAGGCA